GUCCUUCUCGACCCUUUCUCACACAUCGUCACAAGGCAGAAAGGAUGAAGGGGCUGGCUUUCCGGAAGCUGUCGAGGACAUCCUCGCAUCGCCGUGCGCUGCUGCGCAACCUCGUCACCUCUCUGAUCCAACACGAGCGCAUCAGCACGACGGUCGCCAAGGCCAAAGAAGCACAACGGGAGGCGGAGAAGAUCAUCACAAAGGCAAAGCGGGCGGCACUUCUCAACAAAGUGCAGCAGCACAUUCGUGCGCGCGACUACGUCUUCGAUCGCGAGACCACAGUGCCUAAGCUGGCAGAGCUGGCGGAGCGCUACCGCGAGCGUCCAGGAGGGUAUACGAGGCUGCACCUGCACGGUGCGCGGCAGGGUGACAAUGCGCCACGGGCACUGCUUGAGCUCGUCGACUCAUCCAAGGGGGACCUCAAAAUGGAGCUGGUGGCAAGGACACUGGCCAGAGAGACUUUCCUGAGGACAAAGAGGCUCGGCGAAGCGACGGUACGGCAGGAGAUUGAGACGUUUGGAACGAGGCCGCUGGAGCAUGACCAGAGACUGCGGGAGCUGACUCGGCUCAACGUGCUCAAGUUGGUCAAAUUUGGCGGAGCAGAGGCGAGGGCGAAGCUUGCGCAAAAGGCACAAGAGCACUACUUUAGGCUCAUGGCCACAGAGGCCAUCGAUGGGCCGGUCAGGAUCGAUGAGGACGCUAUCAAGGCACUGGGAGACAACAAGCCAAGGGGAGGCAGCAAGUCCCGGCCGGUACCGUACAAGGGACCGAGAAGAUGGGCGGGCAUGCGCAAGGACCCUGGCAUGGGUGGGCCAGAGGAGCCUCGCCGGUUGAGGCCCGACCGUGAGAACAGCGUGAUCCGAAUCGGAAAGGGGGCAUUUGCAAAGCGGCAAAAUAGACGAGGUCGGGUCCUGAUGCCAGUGACAUCGAGCCGAACACAGAGCUCGGUGCAUGUACAGUGA